CUGUGGAGUGUGGCCCGUCGCCCGCGUUCAGUGCCGUAGUUGACUGCCAGCCAUCAUUGCGAUAGCCGCGUGCAAAUACAACUAUCACGAUACAAUUUCACUAAACAACUAUUUUCAUUAAAAUCAUGACAUAUAACUUGUACCGCUGAGUCCGUUUCGUGGUCUUACAAGUUAUUUUAUCUCAAAAUGUAAGAAGUUUCAGAAAUCCAGUGAGUUUUAUAGUGGUGUACGUAAAUUUUUAUCGCUGUCGGUUUCUGUAGUUUCUAACUAACUUGAAUCGCUUGUUUGAUUAAUACAUAAAAUAUAACUAUGCAACAAUGUGGGUUUUGCUCGAUGUUGUCGGGCUUGUUACGAAGAGCAAUGUGUGUCAGCAGCAGGCGAGGCAGCAGCGAGUCUUAUUAUCGCGAGCUCGGCGAUCAAGACACAUUGAAAAUCGAGGAUCGAUUGUCAAUGUUAUCUAAUGACUCCGACCAUAUAAUUCGUCAUCCUCCUGAGUUGAUCACCCAAGUGGAUGUGAACGCUGUGAUGAUAACAAGCCGGAGCAUUUUUACUGGCCGGUUCUUAACGAUGCACAAGAGGCGUAAAAAGCGCCUCCUCACCAGGUCCCUGAGCAAAGAAACCGCUCUACUCGACGACCUGCAACUUGGACAAGUGCAGUGCAUCCUCGACCAAUCAAUGACGUGGAAGUUCAAUGCGUUCACAUUAGAGAACGUAUCUGGAGGUCGCUGCCUGCCGGUUCUCUGCAUCCACCUGUUCCACGUGUACGGGCUCAUCUCGCACUACCAACUGGACGCUGCCUGCGCUUGGAAGCUGUUCUCCCUGAUUGAGGAGGGCUAUCACAGCACCAACCCAUAUCAUAACUCGGUUCACGCCGCCGACGUCACUCAGGCGAUGCAUUGCUUCCUUCAACAAAAUAAGAUCCUUGAUUACUUGGAGCCGAUCGAAAUAAUGGCGUCCUUGCUGGCCGCAAUAGCACACGACAUGGACCAUCCUGGGGUCAAUCAGCCGUUCCUGAUAGCGACCUCAAACCAUCUCGCCACUCUUUACAACAACACGUCGGUGCUUGAAAACCAUCACUGGCGCUCGGCGAUGAGCUGCAUCAUUGAAAGCGGACUCUUCAGCGAUCAGAACAUCCGCAUGGAACUUGAGAGGCAGAUCAGUUCUCUCAUCCUGGCCACAGACAUCACUCGCCAACAAGAGUACCUGAACCAGUUCAAGACAUACUUGGACACAAAUACGCUUGACAUGACCAACAAGGACCACCGUCACUUGGUCCUGCAGAUAGCUCUGAAGUGCGCCGACAUAUCGAACCCAUGCCGGCCAUGGGAGGUCAGCAGGAAGUGGUCGCUGAAAGUGUGCGAAGAAUUCUUCCGUCAAGGAGAUUAUGAGAGAAAACUCAAUCUACCCGUAACAGCGCUCUGUGACAGACAUACAACUUCUAUACCCAAGAUACAAGCAGGGUUCUUCAAGUAUGUUGUAACGCCUUUGAUUACUGAAUGGCAUCGCUUCCUUCAGAACGAUUUGUCAGCUCACAUGCUAGAAAAUCUGGCGUAUAACCAAGAAAAGUGGGAAACUCUGCUUAACCAAGAGAUGGCUGAAGAAACUAAGACAGAAAUAUCGGAUGCUGAUAUGGUAGAUGAUGAUCUGGAGACCUGCUCCAAUACGAACAUUUCAGACAGUUCUGAAUUACUCUUGCCUUUGCGCAGGAGCUCAUUGAACCCUACUAGACCAACUGGCUUUAGGGCACAGCUCCGUCGUUUUUCAGUGCCGCUCAAUAUAUUUCAAGAUUCGCGAUUCAAAAACAGAGACAAGACCCGUGAAAGCUGCGAAGCUGAAUUACGUAAAGAUAUUGCAAGCCUUAUGGGCAGCGAACAGUCUAUACAUUCUCAGCUUAGCGUAGGUCAUUGCGACCACAGCAACAAAAUGGAGAAAGUGCUCAGUACAGAGAAGCUGCUGCCUGAUUCUUCCAUUGCUUCUAUCACCACUCCGACGCAGGCAACUCGCCUUAACACUGUCAUCAAAGGAGGCUCGACUUGGAAACUAGUGCGCCAACAGACUUUCCCACCGCUACACUCAAACGCCAAACGCCAGGCCCUGCUUUGCCGUCCCCUCUAUACCAGCAAUGAGGACACCAUCUAUCCAGCACGCGAACGAGCUGAUCUCGAAGUAUCAGACAAACAAAACAAAACACUCUUAAAGAAAGAUGAGACCGACAAAGCUUAUAAAGAUGACGCUUCUGAUACUGCUAAGUCAUAUGAAACUAUAAAAGGGCAAGAUGUCAUGGAACCAAAACCGCCCAAGCCAACUGACGGCCGCAGAGACUCGGGCACCCAACUGAGAGAAAACCUGACCUCCGUGAAACUCGGACCGAGUGACCAGCUGUUGUGUCGCAGGAAAUCGAUGCCGACCGAAACCGAGGGAUGCAUACCAAAGGAGAAGAAAGUACGAGAAAUGACAGCGGCUAUCCCUCAGCUGCUUAAACGCACCCUGUCUGGGAAGGAGGGCUGGUCUCGUCGUAGGGGCUCCGCUCCCGCCCCGAUAGCCGCACUGGAGCCCCGGGUUGCGUCUCUCGGAACUCUACGGAACAGUUUGAACGGGGGCCGCAGGAAGCAAAGCCCUAUCAUAACCUGCCAACAAUGGCUUGCCAAGACCACGUUCAAUGUUCAGGAACGCUCUCAGCUUCCGCGCCGCAGCUCUCUGCCCGUUGAGGUGAUUACAGGAAUCUGAUACAGCUGAGCAGAAAAAGCAAUCUCCAGAGAAGUAAGCUGAUUCAAUGACACGUACACUUAUGAAAACAAGUGUAUAAAUUUUACCGGACUAGACUAAUAUAUGAUAUGACGACUUAUUUUUUCGGGACAAUAAAUUUCGUCCCCGGGAGCUGGCCUCCAAAUAUAAUUUUUUUCCUGAUUUUAUAUAAUAUGACAAUUUUGUUAGAUUUUAAUUUUUUAAACGAUCCAGUACAAAUUAUUUGUAACUAAAAUUAUUAUUAUUAUUAUUUUUCUUUUAUAUAAUUCUUAUUUCUCCUAUACAUAAUUUAAACUCUCAUAGAAUACAAUUCUGUUUAAAUCGUAAUGUUAUUGAAAAGGAGUAGAGUCUCAUAAUUUUUUUGGUAUUUUAAAUUAUUUAGUCAUAAUUUAAGCUCUUCGAGUAAAUUAUUUACGCCCUUUUGGCGUAUUGAUAUAUUACCGUUUAGUGUAUCAAGAAAUGCAGUAUUAUAUUUAUAAAAAAUAUUAUAUAUAUAUACGUAAAUAUAUAAUAUAAUAAUUCUAUAUAUAUAUAUAGAUGAAUGUAGAUAACAUUCGAAAUAUGUUUGAUGGACUUUAAGAUCUGUAUUAGAAUUCAAUGUGAACUGGGGUCAUAUAUUUAUUCUAUAUCAAUGUUAAAUUUAAAUGUUUUAGAUAAUUUCCCCCGAGUUUCGAGUAUUGGCUAUAAGGUUUAAAGAGUUUCAUUUUGAUAACGUAUGUCUAAAACAUCGGAUACGGCUACAGCGAUCUGGCUCACAUUACGGAGAGAGGUAAGGACUGCGCUCGGGGAAGUAUACAAUUAAUUCAGAUAAUUAGGUGUUAGAUUAUAAAAACAAAAAAAAAAAUAACAAAAAAAAAAUAUAUACUUUGAAAGGUUUUCCUCAGUGUUGUGUACGUUAUUCGGUUAGAUUAUAUUAGCGUACAUUGAGAGUAGAUCGUUUCUUUAAGUGUCCAUAGUAAGUACACCGUGAAUGUUAGAUGUUGUGAUAAAAAAUAUAUCUCUUCUUGUAUAACCACCAAAAAAAAAAUUCUUUGCUAUUUUACACGGAGCUCUUUGUACGACAUAGCUCCUGACUGUCAGAACUUCGGUAGGUACGAAGCGUUUCAGAACGCUGACGUACACUUAAAUUUUUCGACGUUUCAUAUACAAUUGCUUUGAAUUCCAGUUUAGAUUUAAAAACUGAGCACAAAUAUAUAUCACAAUUUUUAUUAUUAUAUUUAACGUAGGAUGUAAGUGUAGAUAUAAAAUAUAUAUAUAUAUAUAAUAAUCAACGUCGCACUGACGUUCUGAAUUUUGAACAUCUAAGUCAUUAUGCGUUUUGAAAUUUUACGUUUUGUAUAUAAAUUGUUUUAAGUGAUUAAUUAUUGAAUUGCUCAAUUUACUUGUAUUUUAUAUACAAUAGAAAAAAAAUUACACCGAUAUCAGUUAUUACGUUUCAUUUAAUAUAAUUCAUAAUACAAAUGAGUUCACACUCGCGAAACCAACCUAACCUAACCUAACUCGGGUUGUUCGCGUACCUAUGUUAUAAAAUAGCUAUAAAUAAUGUCUCAAUAUUUUAAUAUCUCUUAACUGGCUCUAAUUAAUGUUUAUUGUGUAAAUUAAGUCGUUCGAUGUCCAGUACAAGAUGACCCCAGUUUUAAAUAAUAUAUGCAUACAAAUAUAUGAAUGUUGUGAUACACUUGCCAUUGUAUGAACACACCCGGUAGAAUAGGCUAUGGCGAUUUGUCAUCGGUUUAUUAUUAGAAGUAUUAAAUCGGUUUCUCCUUGUGCGAUACAAUUAAUGCACCGUUUUUACGUAGCCUGAUCGUAUGUUAAUGAAAUAAUAUAUACAUAUACAUAUAUAUAUACAGCUAACAGUUGUAACUUCAAUUCGUUAUGCCCGUACCUAUCGCAGUAACAACAACACAAGACCUGAAUGUCUCUCAAGAACAUUUAAGCAUAUCGAUCAGUAAACAGAAUCGUGACAUUCUUAACAUAAGCAAAAUCGGUGCGCUAUAUUUGUUGCAUGUAUCUCAAAUUAGAUAAUAGUUUCCCUUAAUUGAUGUUACAAGUAAAUUUCAAUGUCUUGUAAGUUGUAAGCCCAAUCCUAAACAGUUCAAUGGACGAAAUCGAUUUAAUGAAAAAAAAAUGUUUAUGUAUAAUAUGUAUGUAUGUCGUAAGAAAUAAAUACGCUUGUCCUUAUUCAUAAUUUAAAUUUCUUUUGAUGCAUAUCAAUUUAUUGCUUUCUGUUGAGCACAAACAGUUAUUUAUUUUGUAUUAUAAUUUCUGUAUUUUUUUUUCGUCUUAAUGAAAAUGCACAAAUUAUUUGUGGCUAGUAUUUUUUUGUUUGUUGUUUCUGUUGUGUUGAUUUAUUCUCGAGUAUAAUAUACGCACUGGUAGCAUUAUUCUCCUUUCAUUUAACUGUAUUAAGGUCGCCGGAGGUGUACACUGUACAGUAUUAUGUUUAAGAUUAUCAAUCUUGUGAGAUGUGGUGACAGUUGACGCUUUGUAUAUAGGUCACUUAUCGGGAUUCGUCCGUUGAGACCGUUGUCAUCGUACUUAAGUUUAUUAUUUAAAUAAAUGUUUAUUUUUUUUUUAUUAAAUUUUUUGUUUCUA